AUGACCUUCAAGGGCUUGCUCUAUGUCUACUUGCUCGGAGGCCUGACGUUCAUACCGCUCGUGCUCGCAGCGGUACUGAUCCCAGCAUGGCUGUUGCUUCCGAAGGUCGAGGAUGAAUCUGGGCAAAAACAAAAGGGUGUAAAGAAUGGCAGUAAGGCAGAAGGACGGGACAAGAAGAACGAAGAUGACACACAUGCUGUGUCUUCAACAGAAGCAGCGGCUGAGGCGACAUUCGCCGUUCUGAGGACCUACGACUUCCCAGCAGCCAAUGCGGCACUCAACGCACGGCAUAGUAGUGGAAAUACAGCUGGAGGCGUGACCGGAACAACAGACGGAGAGGCAGAUGGCAAUGAGGGUGGCGGCUCGAGCGUAUACCAGAGCGUGUAUCGAUCCGUCUUCGCACCCAGCAAAAGCAAUACGGCUGGCGGAAACACCAACAGGGAGGUACUGGAGAACGAUGAGACCACUGUUACACCCGACGGGCGGGCGAAGCGGAAGACCACGCCGGCGAAUGUAUUCUACAUUGUCCUUCGCCAUGGCCACCUCAUGCUGUACGACUCAGCUUCGCAGAUGGAAGUACGACAUGUCAUAAGCCUUGCCCAUCACACUGUCUCUCUCUCCGAAGGCCUGUCCGCUGGUGACGAAGCCAGCCUUAAGGAUGCCGAUUUGUUCAUCAAGCGGACGGCGAUUGUCUUGACACCGACGGAUAUGCCCAAUGGAGGCCUUCAAUCAAGAGCGGCGCCACCUAAGCCUUUCUACCUCUUUUCGACGUUGUGCUCGGAGAAAGAGGACUUCUACCAUGCGCUCCUGUAUACACGCGCGCAUCCACCGGUGCCAGAGCCACUGGAGCCGAACGACAUCAUCAAACUACAGUCGACGUUGCACUCCACAUCACAAACGCCGGAGACAAUGGCUUUCAACGCUCUCAUUGGACGUAUCUUCCUGAGUAUAUAUCAUACUCCGUGGCUCAAGGACCUAAUACAGCGGAAGAUCGAGAAGAAGAUCUCCCGCGUACAGAAGCCUGCAUUUCUAGCAGACCUGACCGUCAAAUCAAUCGAUCUGGGAAAUGCGGCACCCGUGCUGUCGAAGCCCAGGCUCAAGGACCUCAACAUAUCGGGCGACAUGACCGUCGCUUUUGACGUGAAGUAUACAGGAGCUCUUCAACUCACCAUAUCAGCACUGGCGAAGCUUGACUUGGGUCCACGCUUCAAAACUCGCACUGUUGAUCUGGUCCUUGCAUCGUCACUGCAGAGACUCCAAGGGCAUAUACUUGUUCGGAUUAAGCCGCCUCCAUCGAACAGGAUCUGGUUCUGCUUCGAAAGUCCUCCAGAUAUGGAUGUCAAGGUCGAGCCGGUUGUCAGUCAGCGGAAGAUCAGCUACACAUUUAUCCUGCGUACGAUCGAGGACCGCAUCCGUGCUGUUGUGACAGAGACGUUGGUCAAGCCGAAUUGGGACGACAUGCCGUUCUUCAAUACCGCGGAUCAGUAUGUGCGCGGUGGCAUCUGGCGAGACGAAGGUGUCACGCAGGAUUCAGAGCCGACAGCCAAGGACAUGCUCCGGGAGCGAAAUGCGAAGACGAAGAGUAUGCCAGUGCUACCUCUCGGUGCUGAGCACGACUCGUCUGCUGGUUCCUCUGGGUCAGAGACCACAGCAAAGGCUGCCACCGGUGCUUCCACUGUCCCGAGUGACGUAGCUGCCGAGCUGAAACGUCGAUCCGUGGUCUCAUUACCUACCCGCUCGGGUACAAACAUAUCCACAACCUCAGCGCCGCCUAGCAGAGACGGGCCCAACGGCUCACCGGGUCUGCCACCUACGCGGCCGCUUCGAUCACCAUCCUUCACAUCACCCUCGACAUCACAACCCUCUGUUGCCCUGGAUGAGUCUCUUGCAAAUAUGGAUCCUGGCAAGCUAGACAGAUCACAGAAUCAAAGCAGAAGAUGGCGCAUACGCUCAGCGGCGCCACCUCUGCCUGCACGAAAGGAUGCUGCGGGUGGAUUGCGCGAUAUGAGAGAUCGUGUGCUUGCGCAUCGGGAGGCUGCAGAAGCUGAAGCAACACAAGCUGACAUUCUGGAAGGCGAAGCAAGUCUCGUCGAAGAGCCAGCUGAUGGCCAUAGCACCGGAGACGAACAAGUGGAUCAGACAGAAGGCCGACGCUCGUCUGACUCCCCCGCACCGUCGUUGGGAUCUACGAAGCGAACAGAUACCAACGCCUCCACUUCCUCAUCAGCCACAAGUCGGAGCACACAGCAGCGCAAGCAGAACCUCUUGGCCGCCACAGCAGCUGCCACGAACGCAGCGCGCAACUGGAGCUGGAACGCUCUCGCCAACGCACGGAAGCAAGGUUCGCCGACUGCCCCACGAGCUGCUUCCACUACUACUGGGCAGAGCCCGCAACCGCAGCCAAUGGGCAGAGGACAGCCGCUACCACCGCCUGGCGUGCCAUUGCCCGGACCGCAGAAGGGUCUCUUCGCUGGCUUGGGGACUGUGAGGCGGAAACCUGUUGCUGCGAGGACUAAUUCUUCAUUACCUGCCAGCAGAGAAGGGGCGUCGAGUCGGGAUGGAGAGAAAUCUGACGUGGAAGCUUCUGGUGCUGAAGAACCAAGAACCAAUGGCGAAGAUCAACGCUCAGUUAUGAGUGAUGAAUUUGGACCCUGGAGGGAGAAUAGUGGGCUUGAUGAGGACGGAAGCCGGAUCAAAGAGGGCUCCGUGCUGGCUACGCGACCCGAGACGUCAGGAUCGCAGCGCAGUGGUAUGGCUGAGGUGGAGACUCCCGAUGAGGAGGUGAGGGAGAAGCCUCCGUUGCCUCCGAGGCGAGAUACCAGACCGCCUGCCGCAGAAACCGCAUCUGCAGAGCCCGCCGACCUCAACACGACAUCCCAAGAGUCACCCGCAGAGACAGCAUCAAGUGCAAGUCGGACUGCUUAUUUUGCGGACCCAGCGGCAUCCUCCGAAAGCCUGCAGAAUGCCUCUGCUGUACCUCAACCGCAGGCAUAUGACCAGCAGGCCGCGGAUAAAGCCAUUCUCGACGAGCCAGGGCUCCAGGAAGAUCGAGAUGGUGACUUGCAGCCUGAGCCAGCUGGACACCAGCCAAUGGCCGGUAUGUCGCAAGACAACGCCAGCGAAGAGCAGAUCGUGGCAAUACCUGCCCCUAUGGAACCCGGAGAUGAAUUCGAAGCUCGAGCGGCUCCUGGCAGAGGGGAAGAGAGCUCUGACAAUGCUCUCGACCAGACUGCUGGAAGGGAGGAUGAGCAAGGCAAGCCGCCCCUGCCCUCGAGAUAG